AGCGUGUACAAGGCAGGCCAUUAAUGGGAGUCUAAUACCUUGAAAGUUGAAUAUGUAUGUAAGGCGGGCCAAUGAGCUGCCUCGUGGGUAAAUCCAGCGAGUAAAACAAUUAAUUUACAUUUAUAGAUUCAGUAUAAAGUGCAUGGUAUAUUUGCAGCUUUAUAAAUUUGGCUUUAUAGUAUUUUUAGUAUUGACAUUGAACAAAUUACAAUACAAAUUUACGAUCCUAGAGGAAUUCAUAUAUUCUCAAAAUUUACGUUUGGAUCUACGAUAAAUUCAUUUUUGUUGCAUACGUAACAUCUAUUAAAAUAUACAUUUUCUGACGUGCUUCAUUAUUCACGUAACAUUUUUUUCUGUUUCAACUUUUAUAUUCAUUAUCAAAUUUGAAUUUCUAAGGAGUCUAGGAGACGUUUUAAUUUUUUUUUUUUUUUAUAGGAGUCGUUUUCAUAUACCAAAAAGAUAAACAAAAAUAUUAGGGCUUCCGAUGAUGUUGCAUAUGAUAUUAAUUAUUUAGUCCAUUACAUACUUGGUGAAUGGUGACAUGUGCAAUAUCUGAUCUUGGUCGAAAUUACAGUUUUUGCUUUUUUGGAUAACACUUACACUGCCACCAAUCUUCCAAGAUUUGGAUUUUGUUAAAUCUGUCUAGCAGUUCAAUCGAUUUUUUUAUUGUUAUUUCUUUGAUAUAUCAUCACUGGUGUGAUUAUUCUUAACCUGACGUUCUGUGGAAUGAUUUAGAGCUAACUAAUGUUAUUAUAAUGUCUCGUAUUUUGUAUUUUGUAUUUUGAAAAGAUUCAAUAAUGGGGCUAGAAAGUGGGUACAACUCUAGCUAGUUUGGUGUAUUGUAAUUUGUUUGUUUAUAUUAUGAUGUAUGAUGGGGAUUGAUAACGUAGUUUAUUAGGUAGGGCUUUGGUACUACAUAAAAAUUAGACUAUUUUAGCUGAAAACAUCAAUAUCCUUAAUUAGAAAGGAUAAAAGCGUUCUCAACAACGCAACAUAGAGUUAGUUACUUAAGUAAAUGUCCCGAUAAGGUUUAUCAACGUAAUGAAUACACCUUUGUGUAUGUUGCAACGAUAUCAAUACUGUUUGGAUUGGUUUGUUAUUAUCUUGUGCUUUUAUUCAGGACAACAAACAUUCUUUUUUUUUUUUGUUAAAGGACAACCAACAUUCUAACUGUAAAAAAUUUAGAAAAUACUAACCAUCAUGUUCACUAUAAUUUUAUUGAUUUACAUUUCUUUGAAAUUUUCCCAUAAUGGCUCCUUUAAGUUCAAUAUUGCCUUAUACUAAUAUUUUUGUUAAGAUGCGUGACUUUAUUUUAAACUAAAUCUCAUUUGCCUAAUUAAACUGAAAAUUAAAUUCUAUAAUAUGCCAUUCUUCUAUUAGGAAGAGAGACAGUAUUUGUUUUGAGUAUUAUAUUAAAAUUUAUCUCAAUCUAAAAACGAACGAGUUAUGUGUCUGCAUAAAGCAAGUAAGAGUAUUGCCUACAAUUUUGUGUUUUUAUCACUAGAAGGGAAUAAAAUAAAAAUCUCGGUUAUGCCAAAAACACUCUGAUAUUGGCUUAUUCGCUUGUAAAUUUAAUCUUUCUUUCUUGUUUACCAAAAAAAAUUAAUCUUUCUUGUUCAUUUUAGAUAAACAAGUUACUUAUUUAAUUUGUUGUAAUUUGCCAAAAGGCUUACAAAGAAAAAUGUCUGUUGUUGCAAUUCGAUAUAUAAUUGUAAUUAGCGGUUGAUAGGAAUCUAAUGAUUACACCUAAUAAUUAAACAUGGAUAAAUUAAAAAGAGAAUACUGUUGUGUAAUAAACAAAACCAAAGUUAAAGAGAUACGGUCAAACCUCAAGUAGUUGACUUUCUAAAAGUCAACGCUGCUUCCUCCAACUUUCUGUAAUUUUCAUUAUCAAAAACUACUAAUAUCCCACCAAAUUGAACCUUAACAAAAAUUAAUCAACCAAUCAAAACAACUCAGACUUGGAACAAUUCAAAGUCAGAGAAACCUUAUAAGCAGCAUGAUCCAAACUCGCAGAGACAAACUUCAAAGAAGUGAUCAAUGGAGUACAAACAUUUUAGCCAUCCACACACUCUAAAACUCCAACAGCUUCAGACAACUAAACCGUCAGAUCCUUCACCAAUCUGCUCAGGCUGUGAAUCAGCCAUCUCUGAAUCUGCAACCGCAUACAUAUGUUCAACAUGUGACUUCAAACUCCAUGAGCAAUGUGGAAACGCAGUGCGUGGGAUGAACCACCCUUCCCACGCAGGGCUCCACCACUUGACUCUAGUCCCUUACACCACUUACAGCGCUGGUACCUUCCUCUGCAGAGCCUGUGGCUGCACUGGAGGUAAAGGGUUCUCUUACUGUUGUCCUUUGUGUGACUUUGACCUCCAUGUCCAAUGCGCUCAGCUGCCUCAGGUUUUGGUUCAUGACUCUCAUCCUCUCCACAGUCUUCUUCUAGUUUACAACAGUGCUCCUCCUGCUAUGCCUUUUACUCAGUUUGGUUACGUGAAUCAGCUUGUCUGUAAUCUCUGUAACGUGGGUAUGGAUGGUAGGUUUUGGUCUUAUAACUGUUAUGCUUGUAACUAUCAUGUUCAUGCUUCAUGUGCUGUGAAUAAGCCCAAGCCAGUGGCUGCUGCCUCUGCUGUUGAGAAAUGUGGGACAACAAGUGAUGAAGGAGGGGCAGUGAGCGCUGAAUCUGUUCCUGCUCAGUGUUUGGAGACGGAGCAGACUCAACAGCCAGAUGCAACAACAGAGCAAGUCGAAGAUCCAGCUUUGAGGCAACAGCUUGAACUUCAAAGGCUUCAGCUUGAGCUAGAUAUGAGUUCUGCUCUCGCAAACAUGAUUGGCUCCUUCAAUCUCAGUUCUUUUGUUUGAAGUGUCUUUGUAGUACUGCUAUGUUGUCCUUUUCAGUUUGUUUGAUGUGAUGCAUUUACAAUUGCACACAAGGUUUGGAAUUUUCUUUGUUCUUGCGUUCUAUAGUGUUCUCUAGUCUGAAUAAAAGUUGUAUAUCUUUUGGUUUUUUGUUCUUUAUCUCAAAACCUUAUAGUAACAACUAACAGUGAACAUGAUGACUAAUUAACACAAAGAUUGAUCAAAUGUUUUGCAUUCACAUCUGAACUUUUCUUUUUACAAUUGAAGCAACUGAAAC